CUGCUCCAGACUCCCCUGGCAGCUCCUCAGCUCCCUGCGGCUCUUCAGCGUCAGCCUGAAAUUACCCAGACUCUCCUCCAGAGUGAGCCCGUGAGCUCUCAGUCCUCAUUAGACCCUUCAUUUCUUGCGGCUAAACCGGAGGCCACAGAAAACUCAGAGGCUGACAGUGAGGAGGAGAUUAACCGAAGGACUGAAGAAUGCCUCAAGCAGUCUUUGAGUGAUAUUUGCAUGGAGCCCGCCGCCAGGCUGUGCCUGAGCGAGUUUGCAGUGGUUCAGAAGUCCGUGCAGCUGAUAGGUGCUGGGGAAGAUGCUCUCAGCAUACGGGUCCUGGAGGAUGCCCACAGGGUGGACAUAAAGGGCCUGAGCAGUUGCACUUGCCACUUCAGCCAGGUCUUCUAGCUGACCUGUUGGCACAUCCUAGCUGUCCUGAAUUUGGACAGGAAGACUUUGCAGCCAGAGAUGCUCAGUAGACAGUGGUGGAAGGGAUGUGAUGCCUAUCAGGUUGGGCAAGACAGUGCUGAUGGCCUCUUGGAGGUCCUGAAGAGCUCCUGGAAUGAUCUGGAUAAAUCCCUGGUAGUGUUGUUCCUCACAGCGGAGAUCAGGUGACUUCUCACCCACUGCAGUGGGGAGGAGUUUGAGCACAGGUACAGGACCCUCUGGGAGCUGGCUGACAGCUGGAUUGGGCCCUAGGUCGAGGUGAAGCUCUAGCACCGAGCAGGAGCUGAGCUGGCUGCUCUGUGUGCAGGUCCUCGGGAGCAGCAGGGCAGCAGAUGUGCAGGAGGCCUGUUCAUUUCUCCACUGGUGUCCCGGUUUCCCCCUCUACUCCCCUCAGCCUGUCACACCCUCAGGGCUUGGCAUGGAAGGGGUAGUUUGGGCCCUUUAUCUGCCAAGCAAUUGUUGCCUUUUGCACGAGGCAGCUGAGGAACCGGAUUGGGAACUCAAGAUAGCACUGGAAUGGGUAACCAGACACUGACCUGGCUAACAGGAGAUGUGGCUGGGAGCCAGCCACGGGUGGUGCGGCGUGGGAGGUGAUGGUAUAAUAACAUGUGACAAAAUUAUUUGAUCUGUGGCCAGCGCCUGCAGGUCCUUCCAGCAUCCAGCUGUGAUGUGUUGUGCAACAAAGCCAAUAAAUUGGUGCUGUAUCACUCCA